GACAAAAAGAUCCUUGUAUUAUUCUAUUUACAGUGACACUCAACCCUGUUGGUAUUAAUCAAAAUGGUGUUUGUGUGUGUUUGAGAGAGAAGAGAGAGAGAGAGAGAGAGAGAGAGAGAAGGCAGUCACUAUCCAGGGACUAAUUGCUCUGCAUGAACAGCUCUAGAAGCCUAGUAUUGUGAGAUCCAACUCCGACUUAAAUAUUUCAGAAUUGACCAAAAGCAGAGAUUGCAGGGUAAUUCAAAACCACUAGAAACGGAAUAUAGGCAACAUUUUCAAAGAGCUAUCAACUUUUAUCCCACUGGAUGUAGGCUACCUGGGGACAAUGUAGAGCGCGUUUUUUUUGUCAGUGUGGGUUGGAACAGGUGAAUUGCAAGUAGCGACAAUAUCAAGGACCACCAAGAACAACAAAAAUUUACAACAGUCAGACAUCUGAAGGUUCUGCUGAAUUCCAUGGAUCGGACACUCAAGAGGCUUCAUCUCCUUCUGCUCCCGACCGCUGUCACUUUCUGGUCUCUCCCCUUCUCUAUGGCCACCAGCGUGGCCCCAGGGGGAUGUGGCUCCAAUGUAGGCUCCCUGUACUAUAGCCUGUGUGACCUCAGUGCCGUAUGGGGCAUUGUACUGGAGUCAUUCGCGGCGGCUGGCGUGGUGGGUUCCAUCAUCCUCCUCAUCGUCCUCCUGGCCAGCCUACCCUUCAUCACAGACAAGAACAAGAGGAGCUCCGUGGGGCUCCAUGCCUGCUUCCUGAUCUGUACCCUGGGCCUCUUCUGCCUCACUUUCUCCUUCAUCGUAGGGAAGGACUUCGCCACAUGUGCCUCGCGGCGCUUCCUCUUCGGGGUGCUGUUCGCUGGGUGCUUCACGUGUCUUCUCAUGCAGUGUGUGAGGCUGAACCUCCUGGCCCGCAGGGGGGAUCAGGGGCCCCGGGCCUGGGUUCUGUGUCUGGGAGCCCUGGGGCUCUGGCUGGUGGAGGUGGUCAUCAACACAGAGUGGCUGAUCAUUACCAUUGUUCGCUACCCACUGUCACCGCUCAACGUUACUGGGACAGCACUAGGCACGGCCGACGACGUGCCAUGUAACAUCGCCAACCAGGACUUUGUAAUGGCGCUGAUCUACGUACUGAAUCUUCUCCUAGCUGUCGUAGUGGCAUCCUUACCCUCCCUGUGCGGGAAACACAAGCAGAGACGCCAGGAGGGAGCAAUACUCCUCGUCACGGGUCUCCUCUCUGUGUUCAUCUGGGUGGCCUGGAUCACCAUGUACGUCUGGGGGAACCUGACGACCGGUGGACCCAGCUGGGAUGACCCUACCCUGGCCAUCGCCCUGGUCAGCAACGCCUGGGUGUUCCUGGUCCUCUACACCAUCCCAGAGAUCUGCUCUCUGACUCAGGAGGACGGGGGGGCGCCGGGGUUCAGAGAGGACCUGUACCCCAGUAUAGGGGUGGGCUACGAGACCAUCCUGAAGGAUCAAGGAGCCAAGAAUAUGUUUAUGGAGAACAAGGCUUUCUCUAUGGAUGAAAACUCAGGUCCGAAGGUUGUGUCCCCAUACAGUGGCUACAGUGGUCAGCUCCGCAGUUCUGUCUACCAGCCCACAGAGCUAGCUAUCAUUAGCAAGGGAAUGGGGAAUCAGGAAAUGUCCUAUGAGUCUCGCAUCCCCCGAGCCUCCAUCAACAACAGCUCCCCGGCCCACAGCGGGGGCAGUACCCUGGUAAUGGACUGCACAAGAAAUCCCAGUGGUGAACACAGACUUUACGUUACACCUCUCUCCUCAAGACAUUUUUGUUCAUCCAUUUUAUUCAAAUCUGUUGACUCUAUUUUGCUGUUUUCCAUUGGAUUCUUAAUAUGAGCUGGCUCUAAAGCGACCAGCCUAUCAGACUCCAGAGAUGACGUUUGGGUGAUCGAUACAAACAAUUUGCCUAUCUAUAAAUGGACAGUCCUGCACAGCAAAAUCAAUGGUGUACAUUUAACUCUGAAAGUGUUAAAUGUACACUAUUUUCAGUGAACAUAUGAGUCCCACUGACCCGGUGUUAAUAUAACACUUUUGAAACUGUUAAAGAUUGAACUCUGUUGCAGUGUUCCCCAUUCAACUCUUAAACUGUUCAUAGGAACUUGAUUGUGGUGUUUGCAUAGCUCUACUGUAGAGUAUUAUGCAACACCUACAGAGUAAAACAUAACACUAGACAAAUUUGCUUAUUUCCCAGAGUGCCUUUUCUUUUCAAGUGAAUUGUAAAGUUAACACCCAUGACUGUAUUUGUUAACGAUAGAGACAUGCUUACUGAAUUUAAUUUAAAAGGCCUGUAUCUUUCACCUACUGAGUAUCUAAAACUAUGACUCUAUGAUAGUACAUGUAUCAUGACCUAGUUUCAUCCUAACACAGAGGUGUUAAGAAAGUCAUGGUUUGCACACCAAAUCAGGCCUGCAAAUUACAUUAUGCUGGCUCUCGAAGUGAUGUGUAAUUCCUAUUGAAAUCCAGCCAGAGUUGGGAUAUACUAUAGUUAAAAUUGUUAUUCACUUGCAACCUGCAUUCAGAAUGAUUGUCAGGGUUCUUCUUCUUUUGAAAAUUGAUAAGACUACCUUAACCAUUUAAACUGAAACAACAAUUUUAGUAACGGGUGCAAUAAAUUUAACUAAGUGAUUGUAUUAGUUUAGAAAAAUGUGUGUUAUUUAUCUUUGUGUAGUUUAAGAUUAAUCAAUCAAUGUACAUGUAAAAACACAGACAUUAAAAGCAAUCCUAAAAAAUCAACCUGCAGUAGAGCAUGCUGGGAAAUAUGAUAAUGAUAGGCGUGCUUUUGAUGGGACUGUUUAACUCUCCACAGUGUAAAACAAUAACUAUGCUUAUUAACACUAACACUUGGGGAUAUUUUACCCAACUGAGUGUUACUUUCACUCUUACAGAGUGAAUUUAUCUCCUGAAUAAACACAAGAAAAGUUACACUGAAAAAUCAACACUGGCCAAUUUGCUGUGUGUGUUUGACAUAACCCUCUAUAGAUCAAAGCAACCUGCAGUCAAAGCAACCCACAGAGCAGACGGUAUACCCAUGGCUUAGGGAGAAAACAAUAUAUUUUGUUAAGGUUACCAUUCCUCUCACUGUGAACUGAGCUAAGCUCUUCCGCUGGACGUACUGUGACAGAUGAACUGUGAGCAUGCUGGAAUGGUGGGAAAUUAUAGUCAGACUUUCUCUCUACAUGUGGGUAUUUUGGCAACAAAGGUGGCUAUAUAGUAAACAUACACACACACACACACACACACACACACACACACACACACACACACACACACACACACACACACACACACACACACACACACACACUCAGAUGGAAGUGCAGCCAACGACAAGAUCAGUCAAGCGAGCGGCCAACAGGUGUGACGGUGUCAUGGGAUUUACCUGCCAUCCCUGGGUUCCCAGAGGAGGACUCAUUAAGAGUGGAAAAUUCCAUAUCUGGAACAUCUCUAUGGUUCCAUGGAAUCUUGGGAAAGGACUCUUCUGUCUCUGGGAUAACAACUAAUAUGAAUACACUUAGUUAUAGGUUAAGCAUUCAAAUAGUGUGCACUUGCUUGCUUUAAAUGAAGUAAGGGCCAAUAUUAUUAAAUCAAAAUCCAAUCAAAUCUCAUUUUAUUUGUCACGAGCGCCGAAUACAACAGGUAUAUAGACCUUACAGUGAAAUGCUUACUUAUGAGCCCAUUCCCAACAGUGCAGUUUUAAGAAAAUACCUAAAAACUGUCAAUGUUUAGUGCUUAGCUUGUGGAUAUCACUUUCAUAAAGUUCACAUAGCUAUUUCAGUUGUAGCUAAAGGGUGUUGAAUGAGUUCAUGUAAAUACCAUGCCAAUGAAUGUCUCCUCACUACAUACUGUAUGGAUGGAAGCACUUGUAUGAACUGUUGUAUGAAUUUGAAAUAUAUUUUUAACAUAGCUAUUUACAGUACUUACUUUUUUAUCAAAUCAGAUUUGAGCCUACACUUGUAAUUGCAAUCCUGAAAUGUAAAUCUAAUAUGAAGUUUAAAAACCAUAAUUAAUUAUUUGAUUGCACAUUCUGUAUCAACAACCAUUAAUGUCCCAAAUAAUAAAGAUUCACUGGUGAAAUACAUAA